UAGCUACCGCAUUGGGCGGGGUUUCGUAGCACAAGAAUGGAGGCGAUCGGCGGGCAAACGUUUCAUUACACGCUUUGAAAUGUAAUUUCCCACGGACACUUUUCAGUUUUUUGAUCUCCAUGCCACGUAUGGCGACGAGGGACUGAGAAAUAGGCAUACGCCUGCGUGAACCCAGAGAGAUGACUACGCGAGGGAUUGUCCAACGAGAGUAAAUGAGAGGUGUGUUCUUGCUCUGGCCUCCUCAUUCAUUGGAGCAGUGAGUGAAGUUUCACUUUAACUUAUCACUUGUCACAUAUCGCCUUUCAUGAAACGCUUACAGUCUCCAUAAGACAACACACAACACUCAAGACAGUUACACGGUGCCAGCAUGGCGGAGCAGCAGGAAGAGGCAGAGGGGGUUUAUGUGGAGCACCAGUACAUGUGCAGCGAGUGCCACCAGCUCUUCAACACUCUGGAGGACGUGUUGAUCCACCAGCAGAUCCACACGGGCCAAGAGGGAGAAGGAGAAGGGGAGGUUGGGGAGGGCAUGACCAUCCAGGGUAUCCCAGAGAUGAUGGGGCAAACCCAGCAGUACCAGUGUCUGGAGUGUGGGACCAUCCUCAUGAACCCAGAGGAGCUGCUGCAGCACCAGGAGAUGCACAUGAGGGAGGCUGGGAUGGAGGUGGAGCAGCAAGAGAUGUGCGAGGUCCUGGAGACAGAGGAAGCCGGGUCAGAGGCUCAGGUGUCGGGACCAGUCCAGUACCAGUGCCUUGACUGUCUGGCUCUGUUUGACUCACCUGAGACCUGGCUGGAGCACCGGCGGACCCACAGCAGGAGCAGCACACACAGCAACACAGAGACCAUGGAGUAUGUGCUACAGCCCGAUGGCACCGUCACUCCACUGAACAGUAUGCAGAACUAUGUGCUGAGUGAGCAGCAGGCCGGAGAGAUCUUGGCACAGGUGCUAGCUCAGCAGCAGCAGAAGAAACGUCAGUCCAUCUCUAAAGCAGCUGCAUCUCACCGUUCUUCCCUGCUGCCUCCUGUGACGCCGACCCCCGGCUCCGCCACCAUGCACCUGCAGAUUCUCACGGCUCAGGCCCUGGCAGACAACUCCACCACUCCCACUCCGCCCCGCUCCAAGCUGCCCCCUCUGUUGCCUGCCGUUGGCCGAGGCUCCUCGGCAAAGCUGGGGGUCCUGGAGAAUGGUGUCCAGAGACUGGAGUUGAGGUUGGCCCCCACCGUCCAGGAGCAGCAGCAGCAACCAACAGAGGUGGUGGUCAUCCACCCUUACGAGUGCUCAGAGUGCUCUCUUCUCUUCCAAACUCCAGAGGACUUCCUCCAGCACCAGGGGGAGCACUUCCUGGCCCAGGACAAAGAGAGCGGGGAGUCAGGGGUCAUGAGUGGCUUUGAGGAGGCCCGAGGGAGGGAGGAGACCGCAGAGAAGGUGGAGGACAUUAGGAUUAGAGCGGCAGAGAAGAAAGAAGUGGUCUGGGUCAAGCCGCAAAAGUGUGAGCUCUGCAACCGCACCUUCACCUCCGUCAACCGGCUGGCUGCUCACAAACGCGUGCACGAGCAGGGAACGCAUGAAUGCCCGGAGUGUGGCAAGGUGUUCAAGAAGGCAACAUCACUGCAGACACACAUGCGCACACACUCUGGUGUGGCUAGGUAUCUGUGUGUGGACUGUGGCAACGGCUUCACCACUGAGAUGACCCUCAUCAUGCACAGGAAGUCCCACACUGCAGACCCCCUCCACAAGUGUCAGUUCUGCAACAAAACCUUCACCAACAUGACAAAGUAUCUCUACCACCGCCGAACUCACCUCAACCGUGAUACAUCUGGCACGCCCGCUGCUGCCUCUACGGUCACAGCUCCACGAAGAGCAUCUCUUUCUGCUCUUGCUAUCCUACAGAGAGCAAGAGAGAAGAGGAAUUCCCACACUGAGGCGCACAUCAACCUGCUGGCCCCUCUCACAGAGGAAGAGAUGGAAAAACUGGGGGAGGAACCAGUCCAAAGUUCUCAGACUAAAGUAGACAGGGGUGAAGUGGAGAAGCAGGGGGAAAGCAACAAAAUGGAGGUGUCUGCCCCACUUGAAGGUAACACUGGUGACCCCCAGCAGGUGGAGGAUGCCACCAAGUCUGGCUCAGCUACAGACCCCGCUCCCCUGCAUGGCACUGAUACAGGAGUCAUGUGUGGCUCCACUGACUCAACAGAAGCUGCUUCAGCUGUGUCAUCAGACAAAGGGCCUUUUUCUUGUCGUUCGUGCUCCAAGACCUUUCCCUCCCAGUUGCAGCUAGUUCAACAUCGACGCAAGUCCCACGUCACUGAGCGCAGCUUUGUCUGUGGAAUCUGCGGCAAGUCUUUUAAGAAGCAGAUCCACGUGCGCAACCACAUACGAACACACACUGGCGAGAGGCCGUUUCAGUGCUCUGACUGCGGCAAAACCUUCUCAUCUCUGGCCAAUCUCAUGAGGCACACCCUCAUCCACUCUGGUGUGCGGCCGUAUCGCUGUGAUGUCUGCCACCGCUCCUUCUCACAGUCCUCCAACCUCCGUCAGCACAGCCUACUGCACUCCAACGCCGCAACUCUGUGCUGCCCCGACUGUCCCGCCACCUUUCGCUGGCCCAUCAAGUUAGCAGCACAUCGCUACACACAGCACCCAGGGGCUCCGGCCCCUUUCCCCUGUCCUCACUGUGAGGCUGGCUUCCUGAGCAGGAGGCAACGAGACAGCCACUGUCUGGAGCAGCACCCCACCCUGGUGCAGGCUGGAACAGGGACCGAAGUGGGCAAAGAGACCCACAGUCAAGCAGAGCCUGGUAAAGACCUGACCUCAGAGCCCUCCACCUCGACUGCAGUAGAGACGCAAACAGGGGAUUCAACCAGUCUCGUGCGGGGGGGUCUGGAAUGCAACAUUUGCGGGAAGAAGCUCAAUUCUCCGGCCAAUCUGCGCCUUCACAGACUGAGCCACUUUGCCUUAGGCCCUGGGCGGCCGCGGUCUGCCUCGGUGAAGCGGCCUAAAGCCCACCAGUGCCCUGUCUGUGGAAAACUGUUUGUGUCUUCCUCCGGUGUUGCACUUCACCAGCGAGUCCACACUGGUGAGCGCCCGUUCCCCUGCCAAGUGUGCGGGAAGCGCUUCCGUCAGAACACACACCUGCGAGAGCACCUGCGCACACACUCGGGCGAACGGCCGUUUUGCUGCGAAGUGUGCGGGAAGGGUUUCAUCCAGAGUAUGCACCUUGCUGAACACCGUCGGACACACACGGGCGAACGGCCACAUGUGUGUCCUCUGUGUGGCAAAGCCUUCAAGACCUUCUCCAAUCUGAGGAACCACAAAAAGACCCAUGCCAGGCAGCAGAGGCUAGACGAGGAGGCCGCUGCUCAAGCUGCCAUGGAGACCAGCUCUGCUGUGGCAGUGGUGGACACCUCAGCGGUGGAUCUAGCAAAUGGGCAGCCUCAGCUCAUCCAGAUCCAAACCUCAGAUCUUCAGCAGACACAGGGCACUCCCACUAUCAUGUGUAAUGAGUUUGGGGAGACCAUCGCCAUCAUUGAGACAAGCGAGGGUGGAGCGCUGCCUCUGGAGCAGGCCUUGGAGAUCUACCACACAGCUUUGGAGAACGGCCUCGCCAUGGACACAGUCGCUGUGGACGGACUGCAGCUCCUCUGAGGAUGAGCACCUGUCAGAAAAACUAGAAUUAAUUCUUUAGCGCUUCUGCUGAACCGAUGAGUCCAAUACUGCUUUUAAUGCCAACUGAAAGAAAGAAAGACUGCUGUGAUAUUGAGAAGUCAGUUUGGAGAGGUAGUUUACUGGAAUCAAGACGCUGAAAUGACAAAGUGCAUAUGAAGUUCAGCAAACACACCAAAGUACAUCAGCUUCCCUCUUUCACAGAGCUGUGAGAAGGAUCAGUAUUAAAAUGUACUGACUGUACUAAAAUAAAGAAUAUGGCAUUCAUUAUGAAUAAGGACCAUAGGUUGUGCCUCAUGACAUUUGUAUGAUUAAUUUUAUCAUUUUUAUAAGUUAAAUGUGAUUUUUCUUUUAAAGUUUGGUUGUACUUUUGAAAGUAUUCUGUUGUAAAUAUGUGAAAUCAAUACUUUUUUUUCCAAGAUGAUCAAUAUUUGUAAACCCACAGUCUUAUUAAAUUAAACUUCACUUA